AUGAUGAACUCACCAAGAAGUUUGGAUAGCAGUGACGGAAGUGUAGAUAGUAGUAGUGUUUAUAGUGGAACAAGUAGUUUUGGUAGUAGUUUUACAAGUAGUACAGGUAGUGGUUUCACAAAUUCAAUGCUAUUUGAUGAUGAAGAAGCAAAAAAGAAAAAAAUAAGACAAAUGCAAAAUAGACAAUCAGCAGCACAAUAUAGAGAAAGAAAAAAGGAAUAUUUAGAAAAGUUGGAAACAAUCGUUGAUAAUUUGGAAUCUGAUAGAAAUCAAUUAUUACAACAAACUAAACAAUUGGGAAUGUUACAAAAUGAAAACUAUUUAAAGAUUAAUCAAUUAGAAGAACAAAUUGAAAGUGCUCUUAGAGAGAAUAAUGAUUUAAAAUCAAGAUUAUCAGACUUAUUAUCAAAACAACAACCUCAUGAUAAUAGUAAUAGUAAUAGUAAUAGUAAUAAUAAUAGCAAUGUUUCUCCAAAUAAUAGUAUAAACAUUUUAAAUAAUAAUAAUAGUAGUAGUAGUAAUAAUAAUAAUAAUAAUAGUAAUAGUAAUAAUGGAGGAAUUGGCUCAUUCAGUAAUAUUUUAAAUAAUAAUAUUAAUAAUAAUAUAUCAUCAUCAUCACCAUCAACACCAUCAUGUUCAUCACCAUCAUUUUUAGAGGGCAGACAUUUCUCUCAUUUACAACAGCAACAACAACAACAACCACAACAACAAAAUUCACCACAAAUACUACAAUCACCAAUACCAUUACAACACUCACCAUUACCAAUACAACAGAUAUCACCAUCAUCACCAAAUCAAAAUAUAAAUAGAAGAAGUAGAUUUAAUAUAGGAGAAAGUAGAGAAAGAUCAAUUUUAAAUCCAAUUUCAAUCGAAAAUGUAAAUAAUAAUAAUAAUAAUAAUAUAAAAUUAAAUGGUAGUGGUGAUAUGGAUACUUCGUCUGAUAAUAAUAGCAGUAUGAAUAUAAAUAGUAUAAAUAAUAGUUCAAAUUUAAAUGGAUUUAAUGGUUUAUCAUCACCUAAUCAACAACCCAAUUCACCAUCAAAUAGAUCACAACCAAAGAGACAAAGAGAUUUAUUUUUACAACAACAACAACAACAACAACAUUCCGACCCAUCAUCUCCAAAUAUAAGCAGUAAUAAUUUAUUAUUAUUAAAUAAUCCUAAUGGAGGUAUUAAUAGUAAUAAUAAUAGUAAUAGUAAUAAUAGUAAUAAUAGUAAUAAUAGUAAUAACAUCAUCAACAAUAAUAAUACAUCAUAUACACCACCUUUAGCUUCAUUCACUUCAAUAUUAUCAAUUGCAUCUUCACCUUCUUCUUCACCUGUAAUAUCAUCAUUGGCACAAUUAUCUUCUUCACCAAAUUAUAAUUCUGGUGGUUUCUCUUCAUUUAUUGAUAGUAAUAAUAAUAAUAGUAAUAACAAUAAUAGUGGUUUAGAGAAUAAUUCUCCCUCAAGAAGAUAUAAAUUUCAUAAUGGCGGAAUUAAUAAUAUCAGCAGUGGAAAUUUAAAUUCUUUAAAGGGUAUCCCAAAGUAA